AUUUUAGUCACCACAUGACCAACAAUGGACCUUUACAUAAUCGCCGUUCUCCUUUUUUCUCUUUUUGCUGGAGGACACUCACUCCAGUGUAAUGAGUGUACAAAUACGACGGGUCCUUGUGUAGGCGAAGCAAAGACGUGUUCCGUUCUACUUACUGCAUGUGCAAGUGCUACAGUAGUUAAACCUAAUGGCACCAAUGUGGUGACCACUCAGGUUAAGAGUUGUAAUUCGCCACUGAACUGUGUUAAUGGAUCUGUUAAUUUUGGGAUUGAAAGAGCAACAAUAUCUAUGAAGUGCUGUAACACCAACCUCUGUAAUACCCAAGAUGUCCCAGAUUCCAACACAAUCAUCCACAAUGGAAAACAAUGUUACUACUGUGAUGCGAACAAUUGCUCAAACAAAUUAAAAUGUUUAGGAACUGAAGACUACUGCAUUAAAGCAAAAGCAAACAAUGACUCUCUGCCAGCGACUGUAAAAGGAUGCGUCAGUAAAUCUCUCUGCGAUAUUACAUCACUUGUGCCGGAGGGUUACGUGGACAUCUCAUGUUGUCAGGGGGAUCUGUGUAACAGUGCUAAAAGCAUCAAUCUGAACCUCCUCCUCCUCUCAUGGCCGUUCUUCUUCUACACACUGUUUCACUGAAUUUAGCAGAACUUCAAACUCUAGUCAAAUGUUUUAGAUUUUGUGGUUAGGGUAGUAAAACAUGGAGGGAAAGUUUUAUGUUUAAACAUUAAACAGCUCAUUACUGCAACAACCGAGUGUGACAUAUUUUGUAAUAAAAUACUUGUUUUCAUUGUA